AUGUCUACAGCUAAUUUUGAAGUAUGUAUGUCUUUGCAGCCUUUAAAAAUGCACUGCAAGAGUUGUGCGCUGGUGACCAGCUCUGGACACCUUCUGGGAAGUAAACAAGGUGACAGAAUCGACGAGACAGAGUGCGUAAUACGAAUGAACGAUGCGCCCACUCGAGGUUAUGGAAAAGAUGUUGGAAACAAAACGAGCCUUCGCGUCAUUGCACACUCCAGUAUUCAGAGGAUUUUGCGAAAUCGCAACGAGCUCUUAAAUAUGAGCCACGGUGCCGUGUUUAUCUUCUGGGGUCCUAGCAGCUACAUGAGGAGAGAUGGAAAAGGCUUGGUGUAUAAUAACCUCCAGCUGAUGAAUCAGAUACUGCCUCAAUUAAAAGCAUAUAUGAUUUCUCGCCACAAGAUGCUCCAAUUUGAUGACCUUUUUAAACGGGAAACUGGGAAAGACAGGAAGAUAUCCAACACUUGGCUUAGCACUGGCUGGUUCACAAUGACUAUCGCAUUAGAGCUCUGUGACAGGAUAAAUGUUUAUGGCAUGGUGCCACCGGAUUUCUGCAGGGAUCCUAAUCAUCUUUCAGUACCUUAUCAUUAUUACGAACCUCUGGGACCUGACGAGUGCACAAUGUACAUCUCCCACGAGCGGGGACGGAAGGGCAGCCACCAUCGCUUCAUCACAGAGAAACGAGUCUUUGAGAACUGGGCACGGACAUUCAACAUCCACUUCUUCCAACCAGACUGGAAACCAGAACCCCUCCCCGUAAAUCGUCCGGAGAUUAAACCCCUGGUCUGAGGGUUGAAUGCACAAGACGGCAAUCGCAGUCACCUACUGUGCCAGCCUCUGGGCUGUGGGACCUUCUGGGGCAGCAAGGCAACCGAGAGGAGAAGGAUGACAGGAUCUGCAGCUGGGAGCUGCAGCGGCAGUCGGGAAGUUACGAUGAAGGAGCAGAGCGUUAUCAAGAGUACUUUCUGUUGAACUGUGUGUUAAUCCUGUACUUAGCCUUUCUUGGCCAUCUGACUUCCUCCAUGUGUAUGUGGUUUGUGAAAAACAACUUGAGUAUCGUUAACGGAUGGUUAAUUCAUUAUGGUUUUUUUAAACUACAAUGCCACUGAAUUUUCAUAGUGAAAACUUACAGUAUUUAUUUAAAUGGAGGUUUUUAUGCAACCUAGGCCAGUAUUUUUCUAAUUCAUAGUUAUGUGGUUAUCUUUCAUAAUCUUUCAAAUCCAAAAUUAAUACUGCUGAUGGUUCGAAAGGCCUAGCUUUUUAUUUAUAAAAUUUGUUUGAAAAAUAUGAUUCUCUACAGCAUGUAAUUAAUAUUUGAUCUGGAAAUGUUGCAUUUCUUUUAAAAAUUUGGGGCUCCAUUUUAGCCUAAAGCCUUUAACAGCAAGAAUGGUCCCAUGUGCAGAUCUAGCUAACUUUACAUUCUGAGAUCUCAUGU